UCCGGUCUGUAUGUGAAAGAAAAAAAAAGGGGGAAAAAAACUUGCAAAGUUCAAGUUGCUUCAUGUUGGUUUGGAGGUUGGUUUCCCACCCAUCCACUGCGCAGUUGUCUCCGUGCACUAUAUGGCCACAAAUCCUCCCUUCCAAAAUGAGUUUCGGAAGUUUUGCGCUCCUCCUGGUUUGAGUUUGGCGCAAAAGACACUCAACCAUGAUAAUAACAUAAGUUCUAAUGGGGAAGUCUCGCUUUCACUGGCUGUGCUUCUCUUUUUUAAGAUUGACCAGCAGCUUUUGGAGGUGCCCUCUUUCAAAAAGGAGUUUAAUAUUUGCGAGCGUAUGUGUUGUUUAUUUGUUUUUUAUGGUCUCACAAAUUGGAUAUUCGCGGCAGCACCGGGACAGAAGGACUGAUAGAGACAAGUACCGACACACCCGCGGAUUGUAUAAUUUGGGGAUUAGUGAUGUUCUGCCAGACUCUGUGGAUUUACAGACCGGUGCGAGUUUUGUGGUGCCAACCCGGUCCAACGUGGUGUACAUAACACUCAGGUCGAAGCGUCUGAAACCAGCAAUUAUUCGAGGUACAAUCAGACCAAAACUGAGGAGAAAAGUCAAAAGAAAUAAAUCGCCUAAUUCAUCUUUUACGCAGAACAAACUUGCCAUUUUGGAGCGAGACUCGGGCCUAAUUAAGCAGAACUUUGCACCCAAGACUUCUUGGAGAGAAACCAGUGAUGUAGAUUAUAAAUCUGUGGUUAUUAUCCACAAAGCACAAGUCGAUGCAGAGGCAGACUCUCAUGUGAGCUCUAUCCGAAUCUACAGUCAGCGGGCACCGCCAUGGUUCAGCGCACAGGACGUCAAAGCCAUGCGUUUUCUUGCGGAUGCCAAAGUUUUGCGCAUCAAAGAAGUUUCUCGUGGAGACUCCCAAUCACUUCUGAUAUUUGAGGGUGAGACAGACGUUUCACCGUCCACCCAAAAACACACAAAACGGAACAAUGUAUGCGAGGGACAGUGUGGAGUUAUUAACAGUCCCGUGGACACCACUGAGGUGUUUGCUUUCCAUUUGGACAGGGUGCUGGGGCUAAAUAGGACGUUGCCAGCCGUCAGCAGAAAGUUCAGAUUUUUACAAGACGGCCAGCCCAGUCCAGUGGUGUCAUGGGAUCCCUCGCUUUACCCAGAAGGCCUCGCAGCAGGCUGGUCCACCGUGAGGUUAACAUGGGGGGAGUACCAGAGCUCCCUGAGACAAAGGUGUUGGCAUAAAAACAGCAUCCCAAAACCAGAAUCCGGCUGCUCCACAAUCCAUCACUAUGAGUGGAGCAAACUAGCUCUGUUUGAUUUCUUGUUACAGAUUCACAACCGUCUGGAUCAGAGCUGUUGUGGGUUCAGGCCCCGGCAGGAGGAUGUGUGUGUUGGACUGGGCCACCAUACUGAAUGUGGUAAACAGGACCACAUACAACUGGCAAACAUCAUCCACAGGAAUCACAACCCUAGGCACCUGGUCUUCACCAACAACAAGGGUUACUUCGACCGCAAUGAGGACAAUCUGGACUUUCGGCUCCUGGAAGGAAUAAAGGAGCUUCCGGAGCAGGCAGUGUCGGUGCUGAAGAGCAGGAGGCUGAGAGAGAAGCUCCUCCAGUCUCUAUUCUUGGACCAGACGUACUGGGAGAGCCAGGGCAGCCGGCAGGGCAUUGACAAGCUGAUCGAUGUCAUUGAGAGAAGGGCGAAGGUCCUCCUCACUUACAUCAAUGCUCACGGGAUCAAAGUCAUCCCAAUGAAUGUGUGAUGAGGUUCACACCAGUCAAGUGGCCAAAUUACUAAGAAAAUUAACAGUUUUAUCCCUGUGACUUGGCUGUGCCCUGUCACAAUGUCCUUUUACAA